CCAACACAUUGGAGGAGCCCACCCACAACUACAUUGCGCAACCAUCUUUUAAACUCUUCCUGAUUCAAUCUCUUCCCCUUCUACAAUCCCGAGCGUCAGAAACAAUCCCAAAGAUGAGUUAUCCAGGUUACCCUCCCUCAGGCGGCUACCCUCCCCAGGCAGGUGGCUACCCCCCACAAUCAGGCGCAUAUCCCCCCCAAGCUGGAGGUUACCCGCCCCAAGCCGGAGGUUACCCUCCCCAGGCAGGGGGCUACCCUCCCCAAGCUGGAGGUUACCCGUCCCAAGCUGGAGGUUACCCGCCCCAAGCCGGGGGCUACCCGCCCCAAGCCGGGGGCUACCCUCCAGGAGCAGGGGGCUACCCUCCAGGAGCCGGGGGCUACCCUCCAGGAGCCGGGGGUUACCCUCAACCAGGUGGAGGUUUCCCCCAGGGGGGAGGCUUCCCUCCUCAGGCCGGAGGCUAUCCUUCUAUGCCUCCAGCACAAGGUGGUUGGGGUGGAUCCCCUGCUGGUGGAAUGCCAGGCGGAGGUAUGCCCCAGGGAUACCCUGGCGGUCCUGCUCCAGGUCAACCCCAGGGAUACCCUGGCGGUCCUGCUCCAGGUCAACCCCAGGGGUACCCAGGCGGUCCUGCCCCAGGACAGCACCCCAUGCCUGGCUACCCUGGUGGUGCCCCGGCCCCCAACCCCUCCAUGCCAGGAUACGGAGGUGGUGCUCCGGCUACUCCCUGUUCACCUGCCAUCAACAGAGGCUAUAGGGGUGUGAUUAAGGACCACCCAGGUGCUGACCCUCUGAGGGAUGUGGAAGUCCUCCGCAAGGCCAUGAAGGGCUUUGGCACGGAUGAGGCAGCUAUAAUUGAGCUUCUUGGGAGUCGCACAAACAAGCAGAGGGUUCCCAUGGUUGCAGCCUAUAAAACCACUUAUGGGAAGGAUUUAUUCCACGAUCUGAAGUCCGAGCUGACUGGGAACUUUGAGAAGCUGGCUAUUGCCAUGUUGCAGACGCCAACCAAGUUUGAUGCAUCUCAACUCAAAGAAGCCAUAUCGGGUGCAGGUACCGAUGAAGCAUGUCUGAUUGAGAUCCUGUCAUCUCGCUCCAACGCAGAAAUCAGAGAAAUCAAUCAAAUGUACAAAAACGAGUAUGGUAAGAAAUUGGAGGAUUCCAUCAUUAACGACACCUCAGGACAUUUCCGUAGACUCCUCGUCUCACUCUGUCAGGGAAAUCGAGACGAGAGGGAACAAGUGGACAUCAACAUGGCCAAACAGGAUGCUCAGAAACUGUAUGCUGCCGGGGAGAACAAAGUGGGGACGGAUGAGUCCCAGUUCAACGCUAUACUGUGUUCCAGGAGUAAACCCCACCUGAGAGCAGUGUUCAAUGAGUACCAGCAGAUGAGUGGCAGAGACAUCGUGAAGAGCAUCUGCAGAGAGAUGUCUGGAAACGUGGAGGAUGGCAUGGUGGCUGUUGUGAAAAGCAUCAGGAACACUCCUGAAUACUUUGCAGAGAGGCUGCACAAGGCCAUGGCGGGGGCUGGGACCAAGGACAGGACUCUGAUUCGGGUCAUGGUGACUCGCUCUGAGGUGGACAUGCUGGACAUCAGACAGGUGUACCAGAAGAACUACGGGAAAUCACUGUACACCGCCAUCUCUGGUGAUACCUCUGGGGACUAUAAGAAGCUACUGCUGAAACUGUGUGGUGGAAGUGAUUAGAGGGAUAUGAAGACAUCAUCUAUAUACAGCAGGACAGUGAAGUCAUAGAAUUAGAAUGAGAAUCAUAGAAUCAGAGGUGCUAUGGUUACCUCAUUCUGAUUCUAUGAUUGUAGUAGUCCAUAAGAAUGUACCAGACAGGAUCCUAUAUCAACCUGUGAUGCAUGUAGUUAUUUUUGCCAAAUUUGUGUCUCACACCAUAAUGUGCUGGGUGAUAUAUGCAGGAUAAUUACUUUAUUUGCUGCAUAUGCAAUCAGUUAUUGUUAUUAUGUAGUCUUGAUUCAUUUUCAGGAGUUAUUUUUUUAAUUGUGAUAUGUGUAAUCAUAUUUCAUGUUAUCAGGAUAAUAUAAUUUAAAAAACAUAUAGUACUUUAAUUUACAAAUUAUUAUAUUAGCUUAGUGCCAAAUACUAAAUGUAUAUGAAUAUUUCUGGAUGUGUCAACACGUGCAAAUAUUUUAGGAGAUUUAGAUACUUAAGGUAUUUAAAAUUGAGUAUCUUAGAGCUUUAUUGCUGACUGCUAUAUUCUAUGCAAAUUACCACCGUGUUUCAUUUAAAAUGAAAGCCAAUGAUAAUGAAAUAUCACCACACAAAGCUGGUAUUUUUUUUUCUCUUAUUGACACCUUUUAAUAAUUUUGGUUAUUUUCCAUUGCUUGUUUCCCAGAUUUAAACACAAUGUUGCCUUUUUAUGCUGCGUACCCAAAGCCGCCAUGGCAUGCAACUCUUUCAAUGUUUUUUUUGUUGCUGAAAUAUUUCAUUAUUUGUUGUCAAUAUUGUUGAAGGAUUUAUUCAUCACAUAGUUAUAUACAGUACACAAACUGUAUACAAUAAUUUGAUGCCAGUAGAGGGCAGUUUGAACACGCACGUGAAAUUGGCAACGGGUCCACUGAGGCAUUGUAACUGCAAUAUUAUAUAACUAUAUACCAGUACCACGUUUGUAACUUGUCACAAUGGCCCAAAAGUGCUGCCUUCGUAAAUGUUAGUUAGUACAUGAGAAUCAUUUCAUUGUUGUAAUGUUCACCCACAGGCUUAUGAUGGUGUCAUUCGUGUCAAUUAAAAUAUUUUGACUGGC